AUGCAUCGAGGGUCCGUUGUGCGUGGCUGCAGCUCCGACCAGUUGGACUGCACAAUAGGCGAUUCUGCAAGCAACACCGACGCAGAUCAGUCUAGUGAGCUGCCUCUUGGCAAUGCCGACUGCGCUGGCGGAGAUUCGGCGACUUUUGUGCCUCGAAACGAGGGUCCAGGGAGGGCUGGAUCCUGCAGUACGUACAUCAUGUUCAAGAACAACCGCGUGACGAUUGACUUUCAAAUCCCGCUGAACAAAUCAGACGACAACGAGGGUCCAGGGAGGGCUGGAUCCUGCAGUACGUACAUCAUGUUCAAGAACAACCGCGUGACGAUUGACUUUCAAAUCCCGCUGAACAAAUCAGACGACGCUCCUGUGUAA